AUGUCGCGUUACGAUGAUUUAUGGUCCGUUUAUUACAUCAGUGUAGAAAAUAUGGUUGGACAAUUGCCGUGGCGUCAUGUGGAAGGCAAAGCUGAGGAGUCAAGCCCGCCAGCGUCACUGGUGGUGCUCUAUCGACAUCUUCGCCGUUCGAGCUUCUACUGCGAACCGGAAUAUGAGAAUUUUGUCAAAGAAAUUAAUCUCGAUUUAAACCAGCGACAUUUCAAGGAAGGCUAUAGUCUGUUGGAUUGGCAAGCUGAUCUACUGAUGGUAAGUGGUAGCAAGAAUGACACAAAGUACAUUCGGGUCCAGCAUAAUCAUAUCAGAAUGAGUCCUUCAGGACUUGCUGCGGGAAAAACAAGUGAAAAGGGCGGGGAGACAAAUGGAUACCAGUCAUAUGACAACUUUGGUGCACGGAAUCAUCGACACUUAGUGGAACCAUGUCACUGCAACAAGGAUAAAGCUAAUGCCAAGCGUAAUGAUGCUAAUAAUCGACUGACAGAAAACGAUGAUCGAUCUUACUACUUCAUUCGACCAUUCAUCAAAUCGUAA